GCCAGCUUGAUCGAUACUCUUGUUUAGCUUGACAUACGAAUGGCAAGAAAUGUAAAAAGACAAAAAAAGGCGGCCAAAUUGGUGACAUACCUGGGCUAGCUCUGAAUUCACGAACUCUGCAUUUCACAGCGAGAUCUCUCUCUCUCUCCCCCCUCCUAUAUAUAUCUAACGGAAACAUAUGAGCCUCUCAUCCCCUCUCUCUCCGAUUUUCCUGGAUUUUCCCUCUCUUCUUGUUCUUCUUUCUUCGAUCUGUUUGUUUCUCGAGAAUUUUAAGUGACAGAGCCUAGAGAGACAAACAUGGCUUCACACCAGAAGAAUGUUGGAAUUCUCGCUAUGGAAAUCUACUUCCCUCCUACUUGUAUACGGCAGGAAGUAUUGGAGGCUCAUGAUGGGGCAAGUAAAGGGAAAUACACAAUUGGACUUGGACAAGAUUGCAUGGCAUUUUGUACAGAGGUGGAAGAUGUCAUCUCCAUGAGUUUAACUGCUGUUACUUCCCUCCUUGAGAAGUAUGGAGUUGAUCCAAAACAAAUUGGUCGGCUUGAAGUGGGCAGCGAGACUGUUAUAGACAAGAGCAAGUCCAUUAAGACUUUCCUGAUGCAAAUCUUUGAGGAAACUGGAAAUACUGACAUCGAAGGUGUUGACUCAACCAAUGCUUGCUAUGGUGGAACUGCAGCUUUAUUCAACUGUGUCAAUUGGGUGGAGAGUAGUUCAUGGGAUGGACGCUAUGGACUUGUGGUCUGCACAGACAGUGCGGUCUAUGCAGAGGGACCAGCUCGGCCCACUGGAGGAGCAGCUGCUAUUGCUAUGCUUAUAGGGCCUGAUGCUCCCAUAGCAUUUGAAAGCAAAUUCAGGGGAAGCCAUAUGUCGCAUGCCUAUGAUUUUUACAAGCCCAACCUUGCAAGUGAAUAUCCGGUUGUUGAUGGAAAGCUUUCACAGACUUGCUAUCUCAUGGCACUUGAUUCUUGUUACACACGGUUCUGUCAAAAGUACGGAAAAUUGGAAGGCAAGCAAUUUUCAAUUGAUGAUGCUGACUAUUUUGUGUUUCACUCUCCAUACAACAAGCUUGUUCAGAAGAGCUUUGCCCGGUUGUGGUUCGAUGACUUCUUGAGGAAUGCAAGCUCUGUUGAUGAGGCUGCUAAACAAAAGCUAGCACCAUUUUCCACUCUGACCGGAGAUGAAAGCUACCAAAGCCGUGAUCUUGAGAAGGCUGCCCAGCAGGUUUCAAAGCCUUCUUAUGAUGCAAAGGUGGUACCGGCAACAUUAAUACCAAAGCAAGUUGGCAACAUGUACACUGCAUCUAUCUAUGCGGCAUUUGCAUCUCUUAUUCACAACAAGCAUAACUCAUUGGCAGGUCAGCGAGUACUGAUGUUCUCAUAUGGCAGUGGUUUAGCUGCCACUAUGUUUUCCUUCCGACUUCGUGGAGGUCAACUUCCGUUUAGCUUGUCAAACAUUGCAAAUGUCAUGAAUGUUGGGGAAAAGUUGAAGUCAAGGCAUGAGUUCCCUCCAGAAAAAUUUGUCGAAACAAUGAAGCUGAUGGAGCAUAUGUAUGGAGGCAAGGACUUUGUUACCAGCAAGGACUGUAGCCUUCUAGCUCCUGGCACCUACUAUCUCACCGAAGUUGACUCCAUGUACCGAAGAUUCUAUGCCAAGAAGGCUGGAGCCAACACCACCAGUAUUGCUUGUGAGAACGGAUCACAUGCCAACGGUCACUGAUAAUUGGCUCGACUAUACUGUUUUUUAGACCAUGUCGUCAGCGCGGAGAUUAGUAACUCUGCUUCCGGAAGUAUGUUUUGUGUAGAAAGUGUUACCAGUUUAUUUGUUAAGGAAUUCAUCGCUCUCGACAAAUUCCUCAAUUUGUAUUUCUUAAACCAAUUGAGUGGUGAUUGUAAUAUUGUCAAGUGUUUUCUAGAUCUAAAUGGAAAUUUGAUUGCGCGCAGCGAUGUUAUCAAAGAAUUUCCAGGUUGGAUGUUGUUCAUUGACAAGCCAAUAAAACUAAUGCACAUUCCUAA